AUGACACCUACACGAACCAUCCCAAUCAAUCGCGAUCCCCAAAUCCUGCGGCGUGAAGCUCAAGAAGCUCAAAUGGUUCGAAUGGCAGAGGUUCAAGACCACAUGUUUUACAACCGAUUGGUCAAUGGUAUGAGGGAACGGCAAGCUCAAUCCGCAAGUCUUCCAACGAAUUCUAAGAUGGAAGGUGAACGUCAAGCCUCGUUCAUGGAAAAGCUUCCCAGCACUCCUAGUCUUUCCGGAGUUCCAGUCUCGGUCUUGAUGUCUCCAGACCGAUCAAGACGGUCGUUUCACUAUGAAUCACAUCGCCACCAGUCUACUGCUUCUACAGUGUCUACUUCACCCUCGAAUUCGGUCCUAUCCUCAUCGCCACGAUAUGCAAUGCCAAUGCAAGGUCACCUGGAACGAGCCGACCUGUGCAACGUUCUGACUCAAUCCAUUCAGAUCCUCGACGAAGAGAAUGGUUGUGGUGGCGGUGCUGAAGAGGAUGAACUCAUGUUCGAAAUGGAUUUUUGA